GCAACUUCUUCCACAAGGUCUCCAGCCCGACUCAGGAGAAGCCCGAGAAGGAGACCACCGUCUCCAGCACUGCUCCCCAGCUGGACAACCCCGUCGAGGAAUCUGCCUCCAAGCCCGCCGAGCCCGAGGGCGAGGCUGCCCGGCCGAAAAUGCUGAGGCUCCCAAGGAGGAGAAGAAGGAUGAGGCCCCUGUGGCUGAGUCCCCGAAGGACAAGAAGCGCACCUCCAUCUUCGGUACUCUGAGCGUCAAGAAGAAGGCCGAGGGUGAGGAGGCCGGUGAGGGUAAGGCCAAGGCCAAGGGCAACAAGCUCGGUGGUCUUUUCCGCAAGCCCAGCAAGGCCGUGAAGAGUGAGGAGAAGAAGGACAAGGAGGCCGCCCCUGAGACUGAGGCCAUCCCGGAAGGUGACAAGCCCGAGCCCAUCAGCAAGGAUGUCCCUGCUGAGGAGAAGCCUGCCGAGACGGCCGAGAAGACGGAGGGCGAGGCUGCUCCGGCUGAGAACGUGAACGUCGCCUCUUCCGCCGCCCCCGUCCAGGCUGCUGCGUGA